UAAUCAUAACCAACACAAUAGUAUACUUGGCAAGCUGCUCGGCUCUUGGAGAAGGAUAAACAGGUCUUCUUUGCGAAAUAAACAGCACUCGACUGCUAUAGCAUUGAAGUCCGAUCAAACUGUUUGAAAAUCAUAAGUGUAGGUGUUUGCACUAUUGUCGCUGUUUUUCGAAGGCGCUAGCUAAUGUUAGCAAACUAACGUAGCCAUCACUGAACUGGCUCGCUAGCUAUAUAGUUACACACAACUACAGCUAUGUUUGUGCAAGAAGAGAAGAUAUUCGCUGGAAAAAAAAUUAAAAUCCACAUUUGUACUAUGGAGGGAACAGAGUGGUUGGAAGAAGUAACAGAGGAUACCACUAUUGAACAACUCAAAGAGAUGUGCUUGAAACAUUAUGUACAUGGAAGCCUCGAAGACCCCAAAACAAUCACACACCAUAAACUUGUCCAUGCUGCCACGGAGAGGAUCCUCGCAGAAACUAAAACGGUUGCAGAUGAAAAUCUAAAAGAUACAGAUUUUCUUCUACUGAUAAAGAAGAGACCACUGCCUCCCCCUCUGAAAAUAGCUGACAUAACUGCAGAGGAAAAGAAGAAGCAGGAUAACAAGGCUCCAGAUAAAGAUGCCAUCCUGAAGGCCACGGCCGGCCUGUCCACCCGCCACACAGACCGCACUGUCACCCAGCAUAACAUCAGAGAUUUUCAGACAGAGCUCAGGAAAAUCCUUGUCUCUCUCAUUGAAGUGGCCCAGAAGCUUCUCGCCUUGAACCCCGAUGCUGUGGAGCUCUUCAAAAAGGCCAAUGCCAUGCUGGAUGAGGAGGAGGAGGACCGGGUGGAUGAGACGACCCUUCAGCAGCUGACUGAGAUGGGUUUCCCUGAGAGCAGAGCCAUCAAAGCUCUCAGGCUCAACCACAUGUCAGUGACCCAGGCCAUGGAGUGGCUGAUUGAGCACGUAGACGACCCCAUGGUGGACACCACCCUGCCCGGCCAGGGCACCCCAGGAGCAGUAGGAGCCACAGCACCACCCCUGAUCCCCUCUAUCUCUGCCUCAUUUCCAAACCUCCUCCGCACCGUCUCCCAGACUAACACAGAUUCCGCCGCCAGGCAGGACGAACUCACUGAGAUCUUCAAGAGGAUCCGAAGGAAAAGAGAGUUCAGGCCUGAGUCACGGGCUGUCAUUGCGUUGAUGGAGAUGGGCUUUGAUGAGAAGGAGGUGAUCGAUGCCCUGAGAGUCAAUAACAACCAACAGGAUGCUGCAUGCGAGUGGCUGCUGGGGGACAGGAAGCCGUCUCCGGAGGACUUGGAUAAAGGCAUCGACAUCAACAGUUCUCUGUUCCAGGCCAUCCUGGAGAACCCUGUGGUCCAGCUGGGCCUCACCAAUCCCAAAACACUGCUGGCAUUUGAGGACAUGUUGGAGAACCCUCUGAACAGCACCCAAUGGAUGAAUGACCCUGAGACUGGACCUGUCAUGCUGCAGAUCUCCAGAAUCUUCCAGACACUCAACCGCACGUAGAGUGUGUGAGUGUGUGAGUGUGUGAGUGUGUGAGUGUGUGAGUGUGUGAGUGUGUGAGUGUGUGAGUGUGUGAGUGUGUGAGUGUGUGAGUGUGUGAGUGUGUGAGUGUGUGAGUGUGUGAGCUUGGGUGUGUGUGCACACAGCUGUGACAAGUGUUGUUUUUUGCCUUGAAAAGUCAAAGCCGGAGGAGGGGGGAGUGUAAAAUACAUAUUUAUUUAUACCACAGAAAACCUUGUACAAAACUAUGUUAACAUGAUUAUUACAAUUAUUGUUUUGUUUUUUACAUUUUAAAAAUGGCCGUUUUAUAGUUAUGAUGCACAUGAUUUAUUUGAUUAAUUUAUCCAUGUACAAAAAAAUACCAUCAGGCAUCAAACCAAUGUUUACUCUUCAAAAACAUUCCCUUUUGCCAUUUUCAAAUAUUGAUUAGUUUAAUUUGUCUCCAUAAAUUGUUUUCAUUACCUCAAAGUGAAUGUUUCUAGCGUGAGUUGAAUGACUCCAGGCAGUCUGUAGAAUUUGGUUGAAGACAAGUCAGACUGCAAGUGAACAUGCAUCAAACUGUUGCGUUAUGAUGAAAUGAGUGUUCAGUACUAACCAGAGGUUUUUUCAGAACAUGAAAAUGUUCCAACGGUUGUAGAUAGACAUGUAAUGUAUAGAGUGGAUCCGAUUUGAUUAUUCCCUGUGACAAAUAAGGUCUGUUCUAAAUCACGUGUUUCUAUCUUAAAGUUGUGUAAUGUUCCAUUCUUCCUGAAUGAUUAAACCCCAGGUUAUGGCUAUGUUCCAGUUAACCUCUCCUUCCUUCUAAAUUGUGCACUUGUUCACUUCCCUUCUGUGGUUGAAAAGGAAACGACUGGUGUAAGAAAUGUGGUUGAAACUCCCUCUAGUCCAUGCCUCCACAAAUCUGAUGCUUUUAGAUUUGUAGGAAGUAUUGGGAUGCACUUGCUGUGAUGGCAAUGGUUGUGCUUAUCACAGUAAGUCCAGGACUUAGUGUGGAGGUACAGGUGGAUUUGGGUGGUCAGACACACUGACUUUAUAUUUUGCUUUCGCUCACAAUCUCUCUCUGUGUGUUCAACCUUGGGAGCCUAGUGGUCUGCCUGCUGUGAGUCAGUGUGACACUACUCAAAGAAGUGGGAAAGUAAAGGAGGAUAUUGUCCUUCUCCCAAAUAUUUAUUUAAUGGCAACUUUAUUUUUAGAAAAGUGUAUUACGUGCUGUCUUUUUAGUGUCUGAAGUCAAGUUUGUCUUGGUAAUGGUCUUGAUUUAAAAAUAUAUAUCUACAGUACCAGGUCAAAAGUUUGGACACCUACUCAUUCAAGGUUUUUUUUUUUAUUUUUUAUAUAUUUUCUACAUUACAUGCUGAGCUGCUUGUCCUUCACUCUGCGGUCCAACUCAUCCCAAACCAUUUUGAUUGGGUGAUUGUGGAGACCACGUCAUCUGAUGCAGCACUCUGUCAAAUAGCCCUUACACAGCCUGGAGGUGUUGGGUCAUUGUCCUGUUGAAAAACAAAUGAUAGUCUCACUAAGCGCAAAGCAGAUGGGGAUGGUGUAUCGCUGCAGAAUGGUGUGGUAGCCAUGCUGGUUAAGUGUGCCUUGAAUUCUAAAUAAAUCACCAACGGUGUCACCAGCAAAGCACCAUCACACCAACUCCAUGCUUCACGAUGGGAACCACACAUGCAGAGAUCAUCCGUUCACCUACCCUGCGUCUCGCAAAGACACAGCGGUUGGAACCAAAUAUUUGAACUCAUCAGACCAAAGGACAGAUUUCCCCGGUCUAAUGUCCAUUGCUCGUGUUUCUUGGCCCAAGCAAGUCUCUUCUUCUUAUUGGUGUCCUUUAAUAGUAGUUACUUUGCAGCAAUUCGACCAUGAAGGCCUAAUUCACGCAGUCUCCUCUGAACAGUUGAUGUUGAUAUGUCUGUUACUUGAACUCUGAAUAAUUUAUUUGGGCUGCAAUCUGAGGUGCAGGUAACUCUAAUGAACUUGUCUUCUGUAGCAGAGGUAACUCUGGAUCUUCCUUUCCUGUGUUGGGAGAGCCAGUUACAUCGUAGCGCUUGGUUUUUGCGACUGCACUUGAAGAAACUUUCAAAGUUCUUGAAAUGUUCCGUAUUGACUGACCUUCAUGUCUUAAAGUAAUGGACUGUUUGUUUGCUUGUUUGAGCUGUUCUUGCCAUGUUAUGGACUUGGUCUUUCACCAAACAGGGCUAUCUUCUGUAUUCCAUCCUUAACUUGUCAUAACACAACUGAUCAAACACAUUAAGAAGGAAAGAAAUUCCGGAAAUUAACUUUUAUCAAGGCACACCUGUUAAUUGAAAUGUAUUCCAGGUGACUACCUCAUGAAGCUGGUUGAGAGAAUGCCAAGAGUGUGCAAAGCUGUCAUCAAGGCAAAGGGUGGCUACUUUUUUGGCAACUACAUGAUUCCAUAUGUGUUAUUUCUUAGUUUUGAUGUCUUCACUAUUAUUCUACAAUGUAGAAAAUAGUAAAAAUAAAAACCGUUGAAUGAGUAGGUGUUCAACAUUUUGACUGGUACUGUAUGUAUUAAUUAGUUGUCAUUGUGCUCUGAAUGUUAUUGUGUUGCUCUAAUUCUGCGCCUGUUCUCAAUGCUCUUACAACAACUCACUACACCAGGAACAAAAGUACUCAUUUUCUGACAAUGGGCGGUUUUGAUUAGUCGGAGUGCCUGUCUGUUUGUGCUAUUAGACCUCCUUUUCACUGAUUGCAGGGUUUUUUUCAGGAUCAAAAAGUGUAUUAGGUGGUGGACGUGACAAUGGGCGCAACCGGCCUGUGUAUCUUUUUUACACAGUUUGGAUGCUUACGCGGGCCGCCCAAGGAUUUCAAUAGCAGAAAAUGACACUGAGCGUUGGAGUUGGCAAGAGCACAAACAUCAGGGACCAGGCUACAUAUAUAUGAUAGGUUUCAGGGGAAAUUUAUACUUGAUCCACGGAUGUCACAUUAGUGGAAGUGUGUUGAUUGAGUGAUGGUAUAUCAUUCCUUCCUGCAACGAAACAAGCUAUCUUGGUAUAAACAUACAAGCCAAUGCAUUGAAGAAUUUGACAUGCAGUGGUAUACUGAGCUAAGUGAAACGGCUAGUUGAAUAGUGGGCCAGUCUUCUUUUGAGAGUAAAUUAUAUGUGAGCUGUUUAACCAAAACAUCAUGCACUUAUUAUUGACUGUGCAAUGACUUGCCUUGUCAUAAGAUAGACCUGUAAUAAUAGUGCAUUUUUGUGCAAUUAGCGAGACCUGUAAAAAUAUAUUUGAUUAGUGUGUCAGAAAUGUGUGAAUUGAAAUGAGUUAGUAAGGCUAUAUCUUUAUUCUAUAUAUUUUUACAAUUUAUAGUAAGUGUGUACUCCGACUCGCUAGUACUGCUUUUGAUGAAUCAAUAUGACUAAUUUAUUUUGGGCUCCGUCCCAACUGGCACCCCAUUCCAUAAAAUAUAUGCAGUACCAGUCGAAACUUUGGACACACCGACUCAAGUGUUUUUCUUUAUUUUACGAUGUUCUACAUUGUAGAAAUAAUAGUGAAGCCAUAACUAUGAAAUAACACACAUGGAAUCAUGUAGUAACCAAAAAAGUGUUAGACAAAUAAAAUAUAUUGUAUUCUUCAAAGUAGCCACCCUUUGCCUUGGGAGCCAGGCCCAGCCCAAGGUACAUUUUUUUAAUAAAAAAAAAAGAAAUCAGAAUAAGAUUUCCCCCACAAAAUGGCUUUAUUAUAGAUAGAUAUACUCCUCCCCCUCUGAUGAUUCCGCAGGUGAAGAACCCAGAUGUGGCGGUCCUGGGCUAGCGUGGCUACACAUGGUCUGUGGUUGUAAGGCCGGUUGGACGUACUAAGAAAUUCUCUAAAACAACCUUGGAGUCAGCUUAUGCUAGAGAAAUUAACAUUCAAUUCUCUCGCAACGGCUCCGGUGGACAUUCCUGCAGUCAGCAUGCCAAUUGCACACUCCCUGAACUUGAAACACCUCUGGCAUUGUGUUGUGUGAGACAACUACACAUUUUAGUGGCCUUUUAUUUUCCACAGCACAAGGUGCACUUGUGUAAUGAUAAUACUGUUUAAUCAGCUUCUUGAUAUUUCCACACCUGUCAGGUGGAUGGAUUAUCUUGACAAAGGACGAAAUGCUCAUUAACGCAUGUAAACGAGUCUGUGCACACAAAGAAGUAAGUGUUUUGUGCAUACGGAACAUUUCUCGGAUCUUUUAUUUCAGCUCAUGAAACAUGGGACCAGCACUGUACAUGUUGUGUUUUUGUUCAGUGUACUAGUGCACUAUAUUAGGGAAUGGUGGGACGCAACCUUUAAUUUAAUUGCGAGUUUCUUCUAUAAGAAGAACAUGGCUAAUGGGAGGUGUGUUUUGCAAGAUUUGAGUUUUUGUAUUCAAUAUUUGAAAUGUGCUGUUGAAGUGACUGUCCUCAGGGAGGUUGUUGUUGUUUCUCUAGCUAUGCCACUGUGAGGCCAAACCUCUACUCCUUUUAUGGCUUUAACUAAUCCAUGGUAACGUGGUUUAUUGAACAGAGCGUCAAUAAGUAUGGUUUUGUUAAAUGCAAUAUAUGAACAUGAUUUAUAUAUAUAUAAGUAUUUCCUUCAAUUGUGUGUAUUUAUAGUUAAGCAGAAAUAGUUACGUGCUCUUAUUAAUAAUAUUACAUUUGCGAGAAUCUGAAAUCUGCCCUUCAAGUUAUUGAAAUACAAUUUAUUUACAAAAUAGAUAGACCUUGAGAAAAUGUAGCAUGGUUGAAGGUUCAAUGCAUUUGUAUAGAGGCUCUAGACUAUAUUGGCAGCCUUUCUGUAUACAGGUCAAGAAUGGACUGAAAAUAGUCCUGGUGGACUAUUUUGAUUAAUUGAUCAGUAGCUUUAUGGCUUGGGGGUAGAAGCUAUUAAGUAACCUUUUGGACCUAGACUUGGUGCUCCGGUACCACUUGUCGUGCGGUUGCAGAGAGAACAGUCAAUGACUUGGGUGACUGGAGUCUUUGACAAUUUGUUGGGCCUUCCUGUGACACUGCCUAGUGUAAUAGGUCCUGGAUGGUAGGAAGCUUGGCACCAGUAAUGUACUGGGUUGUACGCACUACCCUCUGUAGUGCCUUACGAUCAGAUGCCGAGCAGUUGCCAUACCAGGUAGUGAUGCAACCGGUCAGGAGGCUCUCAAUGGUGCAGCUGUAAAAUCUUUGAGGAUCUGAGGACCCAUGCCAAGCCAAAUCUUUUCAGUCUCCUGAGGGUGAAAAAGGCAUUGUCAUGUCCUCUUCACAACUUUCUUGGUGUGUUCGGACCGUGUUAGUUUGUUAGUGAUGUGGACACCAAGGAACUUAACUCUCAACCCACUCCGCUACAGCCCAGUUGAUGUGAAUGGGGGGUAUGCUCGGUCCUCCUUUUCCUGUAGUCCACAAUCAUCUCCUUUGUCUUGAUCAUGUUGAGGGAGAGGUUGUUGUCCUAGCACAACACUGCCAGGUCUCUUGUCCUCCUCCCUAUAGGCUGUCUCAUCGUUGUCGGUGAUCAGGCCUACCGCCGUUGUUUUGUCAGUUAACUUAAUGAUGGUGUUGGAGUUGCGUUUGGCCACGCAGACAUGGAAGAACUGGGAGUACAUGAGGGGACUAAGCACACAGCCCUAAGGUGCCCCCGUAUUAAGGAUCAGCGUGGCAGAUGUCUUGUUACCUACUCUUACCACCUGGGGGUGCCCCGUCAGGAAGUCUUUGUGCUUUGAUGGCACUAUGUCGAACGCUGAGCUCCAGUCAAUGAAUAGCAUUCUCACAUAGGUGUUCCUUUUGUCCAAGUGGGAAAGGGGAGUGUGGAUUGAGAUUGCAUCAUCUGUGGAUCUGUUGGGGUGGCAAGCGAAUUGGAGUGGGUCUAGGGUUUCCGGCAUGAUUGUGUUGAGGUGAGCCAUUACCAGCCUUUCAAAGCACUUCAUGGCUACCAUCGUGAGUGCUACGGGGCGGUAGUCAUUGAGGCAGGUUACCUUCACUUUCUUGUGCACAGGGACUAUGGUGGUUUGCUAGAAACAUGUAAAUAUUACAGACUCUGUCAGAGAAAGGUUAAAAAUGUCGGUGAAGACACUUGCCAGUUGGUCAAUGCAUGCUCGGAGUACACGUGAUGGUAAUCCGUCUGGCCCCACGGUUUUGUGAAUGUUGACCUGUUUAAAAAUCUUGCUCACAUCGGCUACGGAGAGGAUAAUCACACAGUCGUCCUGAACAGCUGGUGGUCUCAUGCAUGCUUCAGUGUUGCUUGCCUCGACGUGACCAUAAAAGGCAUUUAGCCCAUCUGGUUGGCUCGCGUCACUGGGCAGCUCGUAGCUGGGUUUCCCUUUGUAGUCCAUAAUAGUUUGCAAGCCCUGCCACAUCCGACGAGCAUCUGAGCCGGUGUAGUAGGAUUCAAUCUUAGUCCUGUAUCGAUGCUUUGCCUGUUUGAUGGUUCAUCUGAGGACAUCGUGGGAUUUCUUAUAAGGGUACGGAUUAGUGUCCCGCUCCUUGAAAGCAGCAGCUCUCGCCUUUAGCUUGGUGCAGAUGUUGCCUGUAAUCCAUGGCUUCUGGUUGGGAUAUGUACGUACGGUCACUGUGGGGUUGAUGUCGUCAAUGCACUUAUUGAUGAAGCCGGUGACUGAGGUGGUAUACUCCUCAAUGACAUUGGAUGAAUUGAGUUUGAGUUUAAUUUAUUUUUACAGGGACAUUGCACAUUAAUCAACGUUUUCCGGUUUUAGCCAACCUGGCAAAUUUUCAACCGCAGUCCCUGGGCAGGUUAUUAAAAACAAUUACAAUUUAGACAAUCAUUGAGCAGUGAGCACACGCAGAGCAACAUAGGACAAGCAAGACGUAGCAUACAGACAGAGCAACAUAAGACAAAAUUCAUAAAUGUAUAGAGUGUUUCCACACCUCACAAGCUACAGACAACACGGAAAGCGGCAAUACACAGCUAUGGAUUAUGAUCACAAAUCAGAUUGACCUUUAGCCAUUUAUUCAUACAUUUUUGUGAAGGUGAGAGAGGUCGUGCAGUUAUGUGUGUCUGAAGGUAGUGUAUUCCAGACAUGGGAAGCUCUCACAGAGAAAGCGGAUUUACUAAAGGUGCUUUUCCAUAAGGGAACUAUACAGUCACCUCUCAUGGCAGACCUUGUGGAUCUGCUGCCAUUGUUUGGGUUUUCUGUUGAACAAAAAUACUGAGUGGAGGGGGAGCCAGGCCAUUUAGGAUCUUGAAUACAAGACAUGCGUCGGUGUAUUGCACAAGAUUUUCCCAACUCAGGAGCUCAUGCUUUCUGAGGAUGUAACAGAACAUCCUCCCAGAACAUAUUCCAGUCUGUGCUAGCAAAAGAGUCCUGUAGCGUAGCAUCCGCAUCAUCUGACCACUUCCGUAUUGAGCGAGUCACUGGUACUUCCUGCUUUAGUUGUUGCUUGUAAGCAGGAAUCAGGAGGAUAGAAUUAAGGUCAGAUUUGCCAAAUGGUUGGCGAGGGAGAGCUUUAUACGCGUCUCUGAAUGUGGGGUAAAGGUGGUAUAGCAUUUUUGGUUGCUCAUGCGACAUGCUGGUAGAAAUGAGGUAAAAUGGAUUUAAGUUUGCCUGCAUUGAAGUCCCUGGCCACUAGGAGCGUCGCUUCUGGAUGAGCAUUUUCUUAGUGCCAGCGUCGGUUUGUGGUGGUAAAUAGACGGCUACGGAAAAUAUAGAUGACAACCUUCUUGGUAGAUGGAGUACCUCAUGAUAAGCUGUAGGCCACACUAACUCAGGCGAGCAAUACCUCAAUAUUAGACAUCUCGCAGCAGCUGUUAUUGACAUUCUCACACACCCCCACCCCUUGUCUUAACGGAUGUAGCUGUUCUGUCCUGCCGAUGCACGGAAAACCCAGCCAACUGUAUAUUAUCCGUGUCUUCUUUCAAUGUCACGUUGGUAGGAUAGUCUCGAACGGAGCUCAUACAGUUUACUCUCCAGUGAUUUCAUGUUGGCCAAUAGAAUGGAUGGUAGAGCCGGGUUAUCCACUCACCUACAAAUUCUCACAAGGUACCCUGAUCUCCGCCCCUUGUAUUUCUUUAUUUUCUUCAUGCGAAUGACAGGGAUUUUGGCUUUUGUCUGAGAGCAACUUUAUAUCCUUUGCAUCAUACUAAAGAUGAUUAAAGACAUUAAAGAAAACAUAUUAGUCCAGUUUGAGGUGAGUAGUCUUUUCAUAAGACACGCUAGCAUCAACAUUAUGUACAAAAUAAGUUACAAACAAUGUGAAAAAACACACAAAAUAGCACAAUUGUUGAAGAGCACGUAAAAUGGCAGCCAUCCCCUCCAGCGCCAUUCUUUAACAAUUUACAUUUGAUCAGUGCUUAGGGUUCUUCUUGGUGUGUGUGAGUCAUUUUAGCAGUUGGGAUUGUUCACUGUGUGUUCAUACACAGUACUGUCCGGUACCAACAACCAAUGCAAUAUAAUCUCUCAUUCUGUUAAACCGACUAGCCUCGCCCUCGGGGCUACUGUCAUGCAAAUCAUUAUUACAUUAAGAGCAUUUCUGUUGCAGUAUUCUUUUUGAAGCCUGUGCUUUGUUUACGUGAAAUGGGGAGUACGUUUUGUUUCAACUGGGAUGGCAUUCAGUUCUAGCAUUAAACCACUUUAAGCACUUAUUAACCUAUGCUGCUGUGUGAUCUCAGGAUGCAUGUUGUGUGCAGCACUGACACGUACACGACUCUUCUGUUGAUUUAAGUAUCAACACAGUGACUUGGUAUUUGUCUGGUGAUUAUCUGCUCUUGUACUUACUCCUCUAUUUGCCCAACUCUCUUGUCUUGCAGCUGGUCCCAAUUUGCUCACUAUCACUACGCUCUUGGUCCUAACCAGUAUGUGAACCUGACCCUUGGAUGUUUGCAGAUCUGUAGGGUGGACCCUCCACCACUACAGUGCUUAUACCUUUCCAAAGCCUUCAGAUCCGCAGACAUCAAUGGGUUAGGGCCAAAGGAGGGGGGGGGGGGGAUAUGGAGCACAUUGCGACCAACUGUUGCUCUGAGCAAGUCCUCUAACUAUCUGAUCUAGUUUCACACAAUUCAGCUGUCACGCUGGGUCAUCUUAAUGUGAAUUUGUUCAUUCCUCAACUGUGGAAAAUGUGAAAAGCCUUGUAACAUCACUUCUCAAGUUUGUUAAUACCAAUAAAGGUUUUUAACUUAC